UGAAAACACAACGACAUCACAUUACGAAUUCGGCGGCUGUAGCAAGCGGCCGGCCGAUCAGUGACAGUUUAAGGUUCAGUGUUGUGCUUACACAUAGUGGUUUAGUUUCGACAACGUGUCUAGAUUUUCUAAAUAAACGUACAAAAAUGAAAUUCACGGUAUUCAUUGGUCUACUUACCAUAUCAACAACAUGGGGUAUAAAAUCCAAAUUAGAAGAACCUAAGGACAAGAGAGAAGCAUCCGGUACUUAUUUGCCACCGAGCUCCCACAACUAUCAAUCGCCAUCAUCCUCGGGGCAGGAAGAAGCUAACACCAUCAGUAUUGGAGCAGGAUACAGCGUAGGGGCUGCACCAAAACCCACUUACAGUUUCGGUGGUCAGAGUGCAGGAGUCGGAGCCUCAUACCAGUUGCAGCCAGAAAGUGGACAUGGAAACAUACAACUAUCACCCAUAGGUCUACAAUCCAGCGGCCUAGUCUCCAACGAUCUCUCGCAGCUCAUGAGCCAAAUAUCUCAAGGACUUAACAGCGGAGCAAUUUCUAUACCGUCUGGUAGUCAAGGAUCUUUAUAUCAAUUUGCAGGUCAAGGCAGUCACGGUGGUCAAGAAAUCUCUGUACCCCAAUUUACUUAUGGAAGUCCUCAAGUACAGCAGUAUGCUAUAGCUGAUCAAGGUCAAGGCGGCGUGCCAGCUUAUGCUCUAGGCACUAAAGGUCUAGGAACCUAUGGCUCAACGGGUCCAGUUCUGUUUAGUCCUGAAACUGGUAUUAGCCAAGGAGCGCUUAGCUAUGCAGCACCUAGCUUCGGCCAGUCUUACCAAGCGGCGGCUUUACCUUUAGGUGAUUCCGGACAUUCUCUACCUGGUUUUUCCUUCGGUGGCUCUGGGCAAUCUUUGGGAGGAUCUCUGAAAGGAUUCAGUGGUAACUAUGCUACACCAGCUGGGAAAUCUUCUUUUAAACCAUCAGCGUUCUUAGGUGCAUCAGUCCAUGGUGAUUCAGGCGCUGGGCUCGCCAGUCUAUCCGGUUCAUACGGAUCUCCGUCCUUUGCUAACUAUCAACCAGCUGGUGGUCAAGGCGCUUCUUCUAUCGGCUCUGGUGGACAUGGUGCCAGUUUUGGUUCUUUAUCCAGUUUCUCUGGUAGUCCAUCUAAAACAUACUUGCCAUCCAAAUUUGAAGGCGUCGGAUCUUUAGAGUCAAUUGCUUCUGCGUUUUCUGCUAGUGGUCAAAUAGCACCACCUGGAACUACUUACGGCAAACCAUCCGGUGCAUACUCCAGUAAUGUACACGCUGCGUCAGCACCAUCUCCUGCCUAUUACGUCUCAUCUGGUAAGCACUCUUCCCCUAGUUUUGGCUUAGGAAGCUCUUCGUACAGAAGCCCUGCAUCAGGACACAGUUCUUUAAAUUCUUUCUCAUCCGGACCUAAAUAUAGUUUUGGCGGACCCAGUUCUCGCUACCUACCUGCCAAAGACGCCCAAGGAUCUUACAGUGAACCCACUUACAACACAAUCAAAUACAGCGAGGAGCUUAAGCCUCGUUACAAUUAAUCAAUUGCGAUAAAAUAAAAUAUUGCCUAUAUUGCUGUAAAUAAAGCCUGAUUAAUAAAUAUUAAUGUUGGUGAAGUAUGUUUGUGUGGAUGAGUACAAGGCACAGACCGUGAUAUUAAGUUGCCUUUGGUAAUUUAUUUGGGUAUGCUUCGAUAUUUGAAUUUAUAAUCGACUGCUAUAAUGUAGGAUUUUGUAAUAGUUAUUUUUUAACCGACUUCCAAAAAGGAGGAGGUUCUACGUUCGGCUGUAUGUAUGUUUUUUUUUUUUUUAUAAUAAAAUGUUGUAAUUUAUGUAACGUACAGAACAUUUUGAACGUAAGGGUUCCUUGUUGACUACGGAACCCUAAAAAAAGCUCAAUUAAACGGUUCAUUGACCACCGUGUCGAAGUUAUCUCGUUGUCUCCCGUUAUCUGUUACCGUGAAUACCCGGUGAAUUUCUGUACAUAAUUGUUAGAUGUAGGAUUGCCUAUUUAUUGUUAAUAAGUUGUUUGUUUUAAGAUUGUUAUUGUCUUUAUUAAUAAAAAAUGUUUGUUA